GUAUAUCAAAUGGUCUACUGGUGAGUAUUGGUGGUACCCAGGUCGAUACCGAUGUACUGAUUGUGUACAUGGCUAACGGCCAAGUGUUUGUUAAUCUCACUCCAGAUUCCAAUGGCCUCUCUCCAGGGUACACUCUCGAAACAAGCUCUGCCUACAACGACAUAAUUCUUCACAAGUUUGAAGUUAUUUUCAGUAAUGGACAACUUUCAAUGAGCGUUGAUGACAGUGACAGGCAAUUAACUUCUGUGCCAUCAUUCUCAUUCAGUCAGUCAGACUCCAUUCGUUUUGGUACUAAUAAUAUUACAUCUAUCAUACCUGACCUACCCAUUGCAUCCACUACCUCAUUCACUGGUUGCAUUCAUGAUAUCAGACACACCAACAACGGACAGUUAUCUCUUAUCGACACUUCCACGUCAACUUCUACUACUAAUGUGACUCUAGAUGCUUGCGAACCAGCUAAUACUUGUCCGCAAGACUGUGAGAGUCCUUCCCAAUAUUGUUAUUUUGUAUGUGAAUGUGCUGCCGGUUUUAAUGAAACUGAAACCGGCCAAUGCUCUGAGAUAAACGAGUGUGAUUCAAAUCCUUGUCUUAACGGAGCCACCUGCAAUGAUCUGAUUAAUAAUUACACAUGUACGUGUACUGAGGAAUUUAAUAAAGGAAGACAUUGUGAGCUGGCUAGUAGCUGCUUUCCAAACCCUUGCACUAAUGGAGGGAGCUGCAUAGACUUUCCAAUUGGGUACUAUUGCAACUGCACUGGUGGUUGGGGCGGAACCAAUUGUACUCUUAACAUUAACGAUUGUGAAGAAGACACUUGCGUUAAUGGGAUCUGUGUUGAUCUAGUAGGAGGGUACCAGUGUUUAUGUAAAUCAGGUUAUACCGGUAUUCGCUGUGAUAUUGAGAUUAAUGAGUGUGCCCCAAACCCGUGUAUGAACGAUGGAACCUGUACUGAUCUGAUCAAUGGAUUCCAGUGUACCUGUGCCAAUGGGUAUACUGGCGGGUUUUGUGGUACAGAGGUGGACGAAUGUGACCCUGACCCGUGUCAAAAUGGAGCCACCUGUAUUGAUGGUAUUGGUAACUAUACGUGUUCCUGUCCCCCCGGGUUCAUGGGGAUGACUUGCGAUGGAGAUAUCAAUGAAUGCCAUAGCAAUCCUUGUUACCAUGGUGGCACUUGUGUGAACAGGUUAAACGGGUUUGAUUGUAACUGUCCGGACGGUUUCACCGGCUCGCUCUGCGAAGGAGAUGUACAGGAAUGUCUUUUGAAUUCGUGUGAAAAUGGCGGUAUUUGUCAAGAGCUAUCAGGUGGAGGAUACGAGUGUUUAUGCAAGGCUGGUUGGGUUGGUAAUAACUGUGAAGAGUCCUACAAUGAGUGCUUAAGCGGCCCUUGCUUAAAUGGAGCUCAGUGUAUUGACGGUCACCUAACAUACACUUGUGAAUGCAGUUUGGGCUAUACCGGCUCAAACUGCGAGAUAGAUAUAUACGAGUGUGGCUCAAAUCCUUGUCUUAAUGGAGCAUUUUGCAUUGACCUUGUAGCUGAUUAUUACUGUUACUGUGCUACAGGUUUCUUUGGUGAUCACUGUGAGUUCAGACUCAACAGCUGUGACAUUUUUCCAUGUCAGAAUAAUGCCACUUGCUCCAAUACGGUCCCGACUGGUUACCAAUGUGCCUGCCCUCCUGGGUACACCGGUACGAACUGUCAAACUAACAUUGAUGACUGUGCUUCUUCACCGUGCAGUAAUAACUCAACCUGCAUUGAUCUGGUGGAUGGAUACAUGUGUGAUUGCAGUCCUGGUUUUGAAGGAUUCAAUUGUACUAUUGAUAUAGAUGAAUGCUCAUCUUCACCUUGUUUCUAUUCUGGUACCUGUAUAGACCAGGUUAAUGGCUUCCACUGCCUCUGUCUUGAAGGUUUGCUUGGCACAAGAUGUGAAGUAGCCCUUGCUAACUGUCCCUCUCUUCCAUGUUCUUCUUUUGCUACUUGCAAUGAGCUAAUAAUUGGAGGGUACGAGUGUUUAUGCCCACCUGGUUAUACAGGCAGUCAAUGCUCCCUUGAUAUAAAUGAGUGCUUGCUUCCUCCAUGUCAAUUUGGUGGCAAUUGUACUAAUUUUGAUGGCGGGUAUAAUUGCUCUUGCUCUCCUGGAACUACUGGCAAAAACUGUGAUAUUAAUUUAGAUGAUUGUGAUUCUUUGCCAUGUCAAAAUGCUGGAACAUGUACUGACCUAAUAAACGGCUACCAAUGUCACUGCCCUGUUGAUCACACUGGUCAAAAUUGUGAGCUAACGAUCGAUGAUUGUCUUUCGUCUCCUUGUCAAAAUGGAGGAAACUGCACUGAUUUGAUUGGUGACUUUUCCUGUCUUUGCCUUGGCGACCACACUGGGUAUACUUGUGAUACGAAACUCGAUGUUUGUGCUGAACUAGCUCCUUGUCAUAAUGGAGCUCCAUGUCAUUCGAUCAAUAGUUCCUCUUACUCGAUUUUAGAUUAUUAUUAUUGUGAUUGCCUGCCUGGCUACACUGGGACUAACUGCUCUAUCAAUAUCAAUGAGUGUUCUCCUUCUCCUUGUAUUAAUGGCGGUAACUGCACUGAUGGUAUUAAUAGCUACAGCUGCUCCUGUCCUGCUGGUAUCACUGGUACUAACUGUCAGUUUUUAGAUUCAUUCACUGUUGCUAGUGAUGAAGGGUAUAUCUCACUCCCUGGGCUGAGUGUUGGAUCUAAUGGGUCCAUUCAUGUUAGCUUCUCAUUUGCUACUACACUCUCCAGUGGAGUCCUGCUCUAUCAAGGAGGAGUCAUCACAAACUCUUAUCUUGGUGACUUCCUAUCUCUUGAGCUAGUCAGUGGUGGAUCUUUACUCCUUAAGUAUGAAACAGGUGGCGGGCUCAGCCCUAUGAAGACAGCUGUAAUAGGACGUGAUACAAAUGAUGGAGAGGUCCAUCAUGUCGCCAUUAGCAUAACAAGCAAUGGCACUGCCAUGUUACUUGAUAACGGACUCAACUGUACGACUGGUCCCAGCUGUUACGCAGAAAUACAAGCAACUCCUCCAUCUCUCCCUCUCUUCUCUGGCCCAUUGUACUUAGCUGGUGUUGAGAUACAGAAUAACACACAGUUUCAUUUGGAAAGAACAACAUCUCUUAUCUGCUCAUUUUAUUCCAUUCGUAUCAAUCAUAGCCCCAUUGAAUACCAGUCAGUAAUGAAGAGUUCAUUCAUAGAUUUAGGUUCUACAAGAACUGGUGGUAGUCUGUGUACAACUGAUAUUUGCAAUAAUAACCAGCAGUGCAUUGAUUUAUGGGUCGGCACUACUUGUCAAUGUGCUUUGGGAUAUUCUGGUGAUUUCUGCGAGAGAUUAAGUACUGUGCAUUUAAUAGAGAGUUCAGGACUUCAAUUUCAUGGUAUUACUGAUAAUAUCAUUGGAUUUGAAUUUACUGUACAGACUGACUUUGGAUUUCUACUAAGCAUUAACCAAGUUAACAGUACUGAUAGUGUCAUGGUAACUUUAGACGGUCUCUAUCUCACUUUACAUUUCAUCAAAGAAGACAGUAUAAUCCUCAGCUCUCAUACAGUCCAGCCAUUAAACGAUGGGAACUGGUUCAGAGUAACCAUAAACCUACAGAAUAACUUCACUGAGCUCUUAGUCCAAGGAAAUGGAAGUAUAUGUUACAGCUUUGGCUGCACUAUAACUGCUAACCAUCCACCACUCUUCUCUCUCUCUCCUCCUCUCUCUCUAACGUUUGGUAACGCCCCAGCUGUUUUAAAUUCAACCAAAGCCCUCUUGAACCAAUUCCUAUUCACAAACGGAGUGAAUGGCUGUCUAAGAGAUGUAAGAUUUAAUGGUAGAGCUCAGGAUAUUCAGAGUGGUCUCCUGGGCUCAUUCCCAGCUCAGCCUGGGUGUCCACGUGAAGAGUAUUGCAUUCCUAGUCCUUGUGGUAAUGAUGGACUCUGUGUUGCAAGUUGGAAUGGAUACUCUUGUCAAUGUGGAGUAGAUUAUGAGGGACAUAACUGUACUGAAGGUGCAGCCUCAACAGUUACUGGAGACAGCAGUUACAUUGCUAUUAAUGUUAAUUCUCAAUUACUAGUCAUUGGAGAUGAAGGAUCUCUUGAUGUACGUACUGCUGAUAGAGACGGGAUCCUGUUUGUAGCAGUGUGGCCAUCAGCAGUUUUGUAUAGGGACUUUGUUUCCAUUGAAAUGAUAAAUGGAAGUCUUCACAUGAGAGCAUCAAUAGGAGGAAAUCAUACCUCCCUCUCCCAUCCAAGCCUUAUCUCUGACAGCAGAUCACAUAUGAUCAAAUGGUCAAUAUCAUCUCACAAUACGACCCACACUAGCAUCAGCAUUGAUGCUAACAACCAUCUCAUCUCUUCACUCUUCUCUCAGUCCUACUCCAGACCUCAAUCCGAUGCUAUUAAUAUUAAUUUAGGAGGUGUGGCUGACCCCACCUCUCUUCCUGAUAGUGUUUCGCUCAGUAAAGACUACAUAAGGGCCUGCAUUGAUUCAUUAAUCCUCUCUGAUGAUCAUAUAUCAUUAUAUAACAAUACACAGGCUUUAUCUCUUACAAGAAUCAACGUAACUAGUGGGUGUGGUUUAACAAGCCUAUGCUCCGCCCUUCCAUGUUCCCCCAAUGCUACAUGCAUGGACGGGACCUUUGACAGCUUUACAUGUACAUGUCAAGCUGGUUUUACCGGUCAGACGUGUCACGAUGACAUCAAUGAGUGUCUUCCUGAACCUUGUGGGAAUGGAGGCACAUGCAUCAAUGAGAUAGCAUCCUUUACAUGUAUCUGUCUACUUCCUUACAAUGGAACAUACUGUGAAACACGAUUGAAUCCCUGCCAGCCUAACCAAUGCAUCAAUGGAUCCUGUAUUGAUCACAAUAACAAUACAUAUAGCUGUGCCUGUCAGUCCGGUUUUACUGGUUCCAAUUGCGAGCAUGAAAUCGACGAGUGUCUUUCCAGCCCAUGCUACAACAAUGGCACCUGCAUUGAUGUCAUAUCUGAUUUUAUCUGUACCUGCGUACCAGGGUUCACCGGUCACCAGUGUCUCACCAAUGUCAAUGACUGUAUGCCUAAUUCUUGUUACAAUGGUGGGACUUGUAACGAUGGCGUUAACUUCUUCUCUUGUAGCUGUCCUGAAGGUUUUGAUGGCGAUCAAUGUGAGGUAGACAUUGAUGUGUGUAACAAGAGCAGCUGCUCUAAUAAUGGAACUUGUCUUGAAGGAUAUGGGCCAUCCUUUACUUGUCUUUGUCAAACAGGUUUUACUGGUCAGCUCUGUGAGAGUGAGGUACCUCCUUGUGAUCUGAUGCCGUGUGAACACAAUGGUAAUUGUACUAACCUGAUGCUAGCUGGUAGUGGAUCUGGUCUGAUGUCACUCAACUCUUAUCAAUGUGAUUGUACUGAUGGUUAUAAAGGAGUCAAUUGUGAGCUUGUUGAUCAGUGCUUUCCCAAUCCUUGUAAUAAUUCCGGCUCUUGUUUACCGGUUGAUGAUACCUAUCGCUGCGUGUGUCCUCAGACGUACACUGGUGAACGGUGUGAGACCGCGGUCGACCCAUGUACCCUCUUGGAUGAUGACUAUUGUAACAACGGUACAUGUAUAUCCCUGGGGCUUGGUUUAAGCGUUAGUUGUGAAUGUACAGCAGGGUUCACAGGAACUAACUGUGAAUCUGACAUAAAUGAAUGUUUAUCUAAUCCUUGUCAUCAUGACUCCACCUGUGAAGAUCUAAUAAAUGGAUUCGUAUGUCACUGUCCAGCUGGUUUCACCGGAGUCCUCUGUAAUACUAAUAUAGAUGAUUGUGGGUCUAAUCCUUGCUAUGGAGAGUCCACAUGUGAAGAUACUAUUAAUGGAUUUAUUUGUCAUUGUCCGGCUGGUUUCACGGGCCCCUUAUGCAGUAACCCUAUCAGUUAUUGCCAGUUGAUUCCUUGUCUUAAUAACGGGACCUGUAUUAAUGAGGAAUUUAUAGGCUCGGGAUUUGGGUCUGGUAAUAUUGGUGUCAGGGGCUCCUGUGUAUGCCCCCCGGGGUUCACUGGUCCUCUAUGUGAGAUAGAAUCACCUUGCUAUACCAAUCCAUGCAGAAAUGGUGGCUCUUGUUUCGAAGAAAGUGAUAACUAUACUUGCAGCUGUCCUCCAUUAUAUACUGGGACGGAAUGCCAAGACGAGAUUAAUCCUUGUCUUAAUAUAGACUGUACUAAUGGUUCUUGUCUGCUCAUGAAUGGUGUACCAGUAUGCGUGUGUGACCAUGGCUACACUGGACAAUACUGUCAGACUAAUAUCGAUGACUGCUCCUCUUCUCCUUGUCAUAGUGAUGCUACAUGUAUAGAUGGGGUAGGCCAAUUCUCCUGCGAAUGCUCUCCUGGUUACAUUGGUGACACGUGUGAACAGAUAGACUUCUGCUACCCUAAUCCAUGUAUCAAUAAGGGUAUAUGUAGUUUAGGCAAUGAUUCAUUCACAUGUACGUGUACUGGUAAUUACACUGGCCUGCUCUGUGAGACUCUUAUCGACUACUGUAAUAAUUCUAAUCUCCUCUCUUGUAAAAAUGAUGGAGUGUGUCUUAACACACCUGAUGGGCCUAUGUGCAACUGCAGUGAAGGAUUGGCUGGUAGAGAUUGUUCGGUAGACAUUCUGAACAGCUGCUCUUCAAAUCCUUGUGGUCUGAAUGGUCUGUGUAUGGAUCUACCUAUUGAUUAUAAGUGUUAUUGUCUACCGGAUUACACUGGUGAUAACUGUGAGAGUGUCAUCGAUGACUGUCUUUACAGUAAUUGUACCAACAACUCAACCUGUGUGGAUGGGAUUGGUAAUUACACUUGUGAGUGUUCUAUUGAUUUUGAUGGCCAAUAUUGUGAAGAGAUUGUCGAUCAUUGCGAUGAAGUUGAGUGUCUAAAUGGUGGUACUUGUCAAUCAGUAGCAGGUGGAUAUUACUAUUGUCUAUGUAAUGAGUUUUAUAAUGGAACUAACUGUGAGAAUAGGAUUGAUCCCUGUCUAUCUCUUCCUUGUAAAAAUGGAGCCACUUGUCACGUAAAUGAGGACAAUUCGUACCAGUGUUCCUGUCCAUUAGAUUACACUGGUACAAACUGUGAGACAUUGGUUGAUUGUAGCCACGUUGGUUGUCUCAAUAACGGUACCUGUAACACGUCUCUGUCUCCACCCACCUGUCAGUGUAUCCAAGGCUACAACGGCUCUGCUUGUGAGCAUAACAUUGAUGACUGUCAGCCUGAUGAUGUAUGUAAGUAUGGUAACUGCACUGAUGGCGUGAAUGAUUUUACAUGCGUCUGUGAUCCUGACUACACUGGUCAAUAUUGUGACACACCAGUACACGGUUGUAUAGAGUCUCCCUGCAUUAAUAACUCCACCUGUCUACCAUCAGAAUCUAACUUUACCUGCGUAUGUCAACUGGGGUACACUGGACAAUUUUGUGAGAUGAUGGUCGACCCAUGUGACUCUCAACCCUGCACUAACAAUGGUACCUGUGUCUCUAAUGGUAGCUUGGCCUUUACCUGUGACUGCUCCGAUGGCUAUUAUGGAGAAUUGUGUGAAUUUGAGGAUUAUUGCUUCGAUAAUAAUUUAUGCUCUAAUGGUGGAACUUGUUAUAAUAAUCAAACAAGAAUGAGUCCAGGUUGUAUGUGUCCUCCUGGUCUAACUGGAGACUAUUGUACAGAUCCUGUUAAUGAUCCGUGUCUCUCUGGCCCUUGUGGUAAUGGGACAUGCUCUCUCGUUGAUCUCCAUGGUAACUACUCCUGCGACUGUUCCCAUGGUUAUUAUGGUGGUAACUGUCAGCUAAUGGAUGAGUGUGCCCUGUUUGUCAACGAUGAAUUGUGUUAUAAUAAUGGAUCCUGUGUUGAUACCAAUGAUGGGUAUUAUUGUGAUUGUUCUCUUGGAUUCACUGGGUCUUCAUGUGAAACUGACAUUGAUGAGUGCUCUGAUGAUCCUUGCAAUAAUGGAGCAACGUGUUUUGAGAGUUCUACAGACUCUUCUCUCUCCCCUGGAGACUUUCUCUGCUUAUGCCCACCAUAUUAUACUGGUCUAACUUGCAAUACUUCUUUAUCUCCCUGCCUCUCUUUGCCAUGUCACAAUAAUGGUACAUGCACUGACAACAGUGAUGGAUAUCAAUGCACUUGUCUCCUAAACUACACUGGAGAGAACUGUGACAUAGAGCAGGAUCCAUGUGACCUCUUACUGUGUCAAAAUAAUGCUACAUGCAUCAGCAAUGAUGAUACUUACAGCUGCUCGUGCUCUUUUGGUUACACUGGGUAUCAUUGUAAUGAAAUCAUUGAUGUUUGUGAUCCUGAUCCGUGUCUUAACGGAGGAUUCUGUGUUGAUAGUAAUACGUCAUUAUCUGAGAUAUUAGCCUCAGGAGUAGUCACCAUACCGCCAGAUCAAGAUGAGCAGUAUCUUAGUAAUUAUAUCGGGGCACGUCUUCCACCUUUUGGUGAGUUCUUAUGUCUCUGUCAGCUCAAUUACAGUGGUGAUGCCUGUCAAGUGUAUGAGCCUAACAAUACAUUCGCUUGUGAAGUUAAUCCGUGUCAGAAUAAUGCCACCUGCCAAUACUUCAAUGAGACCACAAUAUGUCUGUGUCCUCCGCUAAAAAUGGGCAACUACUGUCAAUUUGAUUUCAUCGUAGACCCUCCUUGUCCCUGCUUGAAUAAUGGCACAUGUAACGAGGGCUUUGAGAAUGAUCCUUUGAUCGUUUGUAACUGCCUUGAAGGAUACACUGGCCAAUAUUGUGAGACUGUCAUAGGCUCUACUUGUAAUAACAGUCUCUGUCAAAAUGGCGGGACAUGCUCUGGAAAUGAGACUGAUUUCACCUGUCAGUGUUUGGCUCAGUUUACCGGUCAAUAUUGCGAGCUGUAUAUUGAUCCUUGUGAUCCUGACGAAUGUCAGAAUAAUUCCACCUGUAUCGACACAUUCGGCUCCUUUUAUUGCGACUGCCCUCCGCUUUAUACUGGAGAAUAUUGCGAAGAGUUUAUCGAUGCAUGUCAACCUAACCCUUGUCUUAAUGAUGGGAACUGUACAGGAGAUGGUAAUGGAUAUACCUGUAUGUGUCCAAUAGGCUAUAGUGGAAUGAACUGUAGUAAUAGCCAUGUAUGUAUCAGCUCUUCUCCUUGUCUAAAUGGAGCCACUUGUCUCAUACAAGAUGAAACGUACAGCUGCUUGUGUCCUCCUUCAUUCACUGGUAGGAACUGCAGUGUUAAUAUAACUGAGGUCUGUCAGAACUCUCCCUGUCAAAAUGGCGGGUCUUGUAUCGCAGGUGAGGUUGGAUACAGCUGCAUGUGUAGCCCUGGUUAUACAGGAGAGAAUUGUGAAGAGGAGCUCACAGACCCGUGUAUAUUCGAGCCUUGCUUUAAUGAAGGAACAUGCUCCAGUAACAAUGACAGUAAUACUUAUACCUGCACUUGUCCUAAUGGAGUAACUGGUGAUGACUGUGAGACUGAUAUUAAUGAGUGCUCUCCUGAUCCUUGUCUUAACGGCGGAUAUUGUGUUGAGAGUGGUACUAAUGUGACUGAUAUUGUAGGAGGAGCUGAAGCUCUACUGCCUCCUUUCGGUGAAUACUCUUGUAACUGUCUUCCGGAAUAUUCCGGCAUGAACUGCUCCUUCUCCAUUGCUUGUUAUUCUGCUCCCUGCAUGAAUGGAGCAACUUGUCUCUCUGGCGUAGGAGGACAGCCUGUUUGUGUCUGUUUAAAAGGAUUCACUGGCUCCUUCUGUGAAGAAGACAUCAACGAAUGCGACACCAUAACCUGCUCCAAUAAUGGAACCUGCAUUGAAAGCGGUACCAACAUAACACAAUUAUUUUCAGAAUUAUCUCUAGAAAAUUACAAUAUUAAUGACAUAGGAGCCUAUCCUUUACCCGGAGACUUUACGUGCCUAUGUCCUACUGGUUUUGCUGGUGUACAGUGUGAGUAUGAUGAUCUAUGUCUCUCUAGUCCAUGUCAGAAUAACGCUAGUUGUUCUGUGGUUAGUAGCAUUGAGUUCUCUUGCUCGUGUAGCCCUGGUUAUACUGGUGACCUCUGUCAGACUGAUAUAGAUGAAUGCAGUGAAUUGAAUCUUUGUUUGAAUGAAGGAGUAUGCAUAGAGAGCAGUGAUACAUUAGAAGGACUAAUAAGUGAAGGAUUGUUACCAGCUGGGUAUAAUUCAACGCUACCAUUUGUACCUCCUGGUGAAUAUGCUUGCCUAUGUACUCCCUCUUAUGCCGGUGUUAAUUGUGAGAUAUUAAUAAGCUGUGACCCUAAUCCUUGCCAUAAUAAUGACACCUGCUUUACCGAUGGACUCACUGGCGUGAUCUGCUUAUGUUCAUUAGGUUAUACAGGUCAAUUGUGUGAAACGGACAUCAACGAAUGCUCCUCCUCUCCUUGUCAGAAUAACGGCUCUUGCUACGAGAGUAGCUCUGCCCUUUUACCAUUUGAAAACUACACUCUACCCGCCCCUGGACAGUUUGUCUGUUUCUGCUCUGAGGGGUACUUGGGUCCAUUAUGUGAGACGAUGGAGCCGUGCUACAUUAACCAAUGUCUCAACGGUGGUACAUGUAUACCCAAUAUUAUUAAUAAUAAUUUCACUUGUUCUUGUUCCGAUCUUUAUGAUGGACGAUUGUGUGAAUUAAAUGCAACCAUGGCCCCCUGUACCAUGUUCCCAUGUCAAAACGGUGGUACCUGCAUAGACUAUGAUUCACCGUUAUCUCUUGUUAUAUUCCACAAUGUAACCAAUGCACUAGAGCAGGAGGAGUUUGUGUGUAUAUGUCCAAUGGAGUAUACAGGAAUGACUUGUGAUAGUCCAGUUAGUCCAUGCUCUCCCUCACCAUGUCUUAAUGAUGCUCAGUGUAGUAUAGUUGAUGAUGAAGAAGGAACUUAUAACUGUACUUGUCUACCUGGUUAUACUGGGACUAAUUGUGAGGUUGAUAUUGAUGAAUGUGCUGAAUCUCCUUGUGUUAAUAAUGGCACAUGUACCGACCUCAUAAAUGACUAUAGCUGUGACUACUCUUGUAUGUGUUCACCAGGUACUACAGGGGAUCACUGUCAAACUGAUAUUGAUGAAUGCGCUGAGACUAAUACGACUAUUUGUAAUAAUGGAACGUGUCAGAAUGAGUUUGGUGGUUACACCUGUAAUUGUUUCAGAGGUUAUACUGGAGUGGAUUGUCUCAUUGUGGAGCCUAUUGAUGAUGAUGAAGACACUUCUCGUCUUUCUAUUAUAAUAUUAGCUGUUGUUGUUUUUGUGUUGUUGUUGUUUCUUGUUGUUGUUGUUGUUGUCGUUGGUCUGAGGAUUGUAAGGAGGAAGAGUAGGAGAAAAGGGUUUUAUUCACCAGCUGCUGUAGAGAGGGAGUCUGAAGGAACAGGUGGCCAACGUACUGAUAGAGAAAGACUAUUAUAACUUACAUUAUUUAUUAAUAAUUAUUUUGUCAUUUUCUUCUUAAUACAGCAUUAUUGUCACUUAUAA